AUGCACACUCUUGCGAUUUCAGAUAUAUUCAUAAGAACGGGUUUGAAAAAAUCUUGUAAACUCACAGAAGCCUCUUUCAUUAAAAAUAGAGGAAAACAUAAUAGCCACUUCAAAUUGGAUGCUAGCAUUAUAGCUGGUGUCAAGGCUCAUAUCAAUUCGAUUCCUAGAAUUGAGAGCCAUUAUUGCCGUGCGCAAACAAAGCAGGACUUUAUUGAAGGUGGCUACACAAUUGCUGCUUUACACCGAGACUAUAUUGAGGCAUGUAAGCUUGAGAGUAAAGAUUAUGUCUCGUAUCAAAAUUAUUAUAACAUCUUCGUUAAAGACUUUAACAUCUCAUUUUGGGUACCAAAAAAGGAUCCGUGCGAAGAUUGUGUCGCUUUUGCUAAUGCUGAAAAUAAAACUCCUUUACGGGAAAAGUACGAACUGCACUUAAAAGAAAAAUGUCUUUCGCGAACUGAAAAAGAAUAA